AUGGCUCUUCCUUCAGAAAAAGUUCAUGAACUCAAGCAGAUCAUUCACAGUCAUGUAUCCCAAAUGAACGUGCAUUCUAGGAUCAGGGACUGCGUGGAUGAAUCAUUCCGCGGGGAAGAGGCUGAAAGUGCAGGAAUCGACGAAGCAGGACUAUUGAACGCAUUGAAAGAACGAGGCAUCGUUGAUGAUGUGAUGAAUACGCUUAAGUUCGAAGGUCUUGAAAGAGAUCCUGGACGAUCAAAGGAUAAAAGGAGGGUGAAUGCCUUAGAGGAAGUCCCAGCAAGGGGUAAUAACAUGUUACUUUAGGUAGCUAUGGCCGAGCUUUAGAAUGUAUGUGUAAACGAUGCAAAACGUUUGUAAACAAACAACUGUUUCCGAUUUUUUGAAACGCGACGAUAUACACAAAUUCAUUUGUGUAUAUCUUUUAACGAAUCAGAGUCCCUUUAAAACGUUUUGCACGUGUGUUUCAUAGAAGUUUUGAUGAAAUUUGAGUUACUCUUAUCAUUUCGGUUUUAAAAAUGGCUUAACUCUGCUAUUGAAUGUUCCAUAUGAGGAAACAAAUGUGCUAGAUUAGUUAAGUUUAUGAAAUUGCAAACGAAAAUUUUUGUUCUACACCCUUUGAUUAAUAUUGUAGAACUAAAAGCUUAUCAUUCAUGUCCCUAAUUUAAGCAUCUACCCUACCAAUUAUGAUAGUUGUAGUAAGGCACUGCCAAUUCAGUUGCUGGUUUGAAUCCAGGAGCAACAUUUGAUCCUGUAGUUUGAUCAUCCAGGUCAGAGUAGUGUUCCUGAGAAGGAUUGUUGUCAGUUGUGGUGAUUGAUUUUUUUUUAUAACCCUAGCAGUGGUUAUCAACACAGUCAAGUGAUGACUUGUUUGUUAAGUCAGAGCUGUAAAUUUGAUUAAUGUAACAGUCCUGUUGACAGAACAGAGCCACCUAACUUCAAGAUGGAUCAAAACUGGGCAAUCUCCACUGUUUAUAACUACCUGAGUCUUUCAAUAACAUCAUUGCAAAACUGACCAAUUCCAGGCGAGUAAUUGCUUCCUGUUAUCGCUGACUUUUUAUGUACUUUUCAGUUGGUGUGGAUCCUACCAGGCGUUACCUAUACCUGCAAGUACUUGGAGGCAAAGCAUUUUUAGAACAUCUGCAGGAUCCUGAACCACUGCCAGGAAAAGUCACAUCCACAUUUACUUUGUAUGUUCACUUUAAAGGACAAAGAUUUAAGUCCAGACCUGUUCCUUGUGCUUGUGAACCAGACAUAAAUGAAGGUAAAUGAAUAGAGGGGGUAAGUUUUUGAAGAAACAAUGGUGCUGUGUCAGUGGGAGGGUAUAACAGGGUAAUUUAGUGUUAUCAACUGAGUUGAUAACGUAAAUUGGUCACCAAAAAGAGUUUCAAAGCUGACACUUUAGGAUGAAGGGCUAACGCUCGAAAAAUCAGCUUUGAAACUCUUUACUGUGACCAACAAACAAAGGUAUUCAGUUUUACUUAUGAUUAAUGUAUUGUUGGUCUUAUCAAGUGAGAGAUGUACUGUAGUGAUAUAUUGGUUAGUGCCUUGGAUUUCAGGUUCAGGGGUCUAGGUUUGAAUCCUGGCUGAGUCAUUGUGUUGUGUUCUUGGGCAAAACAGUCUACUUUCACUGUGCUUCUCUCUACCUAGGAGUAAAAAUUGGUACCGGCAAAUUUUCAAGGAAGCUUGAUGAAAUACUGGGGGGGGGCAACCUUGCUAUGGACCAUUCCAUUCUAUCGAGGGGCAAGUAGUCAUACUCCUAGUCACUUCAGGAAACAGGAAUAAGCUCUGUCUUAAGGGACAACUUGGCUUGGGAACAGACUUUGCUUUACUUAUCAAAAUCCUUUCCUUUUGGCUAAUAUGGCCUACCUUUUAUUUCUCACUCAAUAUGUUUUCCAUAGGGUUUUUGCUGGAACUGCAAAAGGAUGGUGGCAAAAUGGCUGAUGCAGCAACUCUUCUAUCAAUCUCAGAUUACAUUCACUUAGUCCUUAUUAAAACAGAUCCAUCAGGUGACACAACAUUGAUUGGUUCGCAUUUCCUUCCAUGGAGAGACAUUCUGUCUGCAGCAAAUGGAAGAUUAACAUCUGCCGUGGAAAUAAAUGGUGUAGGGGCAGAGGCUAAAGUGCCGAUGGGAAUACUAGAGAUUAAGUUUGAAAUAAUUCCAAGGUUGAGUCAGGUGAGGUUAGACAUGUAUGUGCAUGAACAGCUGUUUUCAUUUCUUUUACUUGCAUAUCAUCAGCAGGUCAAAACAUGAGUUGUUUUAGUUAAUGGUCAGAACAUUCUUUUACAGGAGAAAACAAAGCUCUAAAAUUGGUCUCUCUCAAAACAUGUGGCUUGGUACAUAGCUGGUAGAAGUGCCUUGAUGGUAUCUGGGAGGCACAGUGCAUCCCAUGAAAGCCUGAUUUUUGUCAGACCUCUUUGUCUCUGAGUUCUUUAAUUACAGUUUCACAUGCAAGGACUGUUUGUCUCCAAAAACAUGCUAUAAAGAAAAUACUUUGGUUUCAAAAUUUCAGAUCUUAACAAAAGAGGUAAUCUCAGCACAAGUAAACUUGGAACACUCCAGAAUAGCAGAAAGAGAGAGACUUUUCUUGGUAUAUGCAAAACAGUGGUGGAAGGAAUUUCUACAGAUACGUGCCUCUCAUAGUAACAGACUUGUGAAGAUUUUUGCUCAAGAUGAGUGUGGUACCAAUCGCCCUGUCUGCUCAUUUGUGUGUCCUCUCCGCGCAGGGAGAUUACUUGAUAGCCCUCGGCAGGCUGCCAGGUUUGUCAGUCUAUUAGGGUAUGAGCAUACGCCAUCUGUUGGUGGUGGAAGGGCAGAGAUGUGGAGCAGUUUGCAUGCAUUUCUCUGCAAAGGAAAAGGGGUAAGUAAUGGAUUAAUAAGUUCAAAGAAAUGGAAUUUUAAUGAACAAAUUUAGGAAUAAAAAAUGUUGCUAUUUAUCAACCAACAAUACCAGAAGUGUAUCAAUUUCAAUUUUUUUGUCUGCUUUGUUUUGAUUUGAUUUUCAUCAGAAAGAAUGUACUUUGCUGUAAUGUUUGCUUCUAAAAUGUGGUGAAACAUCAUGAUUGUGAUGAUAUUACUACUUCAAGGAUUGUGAGGAUCAUGCAGUUCUGUUGUGCAGUCUUCUUCUGGGUUUUGGCCUCAAUGCAUUUGUCUGUGUGGGCACCAAGGGAAAAGGUGCUGCCCAUACCUGGGUUAUGACAAUCAGCCCUGAGGGAGAAGUCACCUUUUGGGAGAGUUUGACAGCUCACAGGUAUUGUUUCAUUUGAGUAUUAAAAAUUUCUUGAUUGUUAAUGACACUCAUGGUGCCUUCCUCCUACCAGAAAAGUAGGGAGGUGCCAGCAAACUUUCUCUUUGUGAUUAAGUCAACUCAGAUUACCUGAACUUUACAGGAAAAUGGACAAAUGUUUGAGUUAUUGUGUAAGGCCUCUUUUCUAGGCACAGCUCUCUGUGGAAAAAGUUAUUUAAAUCCCCAAAAAUUGUGUUGUGGAUGACCUGAAGGGAUACAAUACUUACUUGGAGCUCACCGGAGUUUCGAAAUUUCGAGUUCCUGAAGAUAAAAUUGCAGUAAAUGUGUGAAGGAAAUCCAUGGGAAAUUAAAUUUGAAUCAGGAAUUUGAAUUUGGGGGGUUCAUACCAUCCAUUUGGAAAUCACCGGUGAUUUCAGGAAAUCUGACUGGCUCUCAGCAGUGCAAUCUAUUCACGAAUCGUACGAUUUUUUUCUCUUAAUGACAUAUUUUUCGCAGCUAUAUGAUUUCUUAGAAAAAGUUGCACUCCACCUAGUUCAAUAACUGUUUCAAAAUAUCGGAGUACAUGUUAAUUGAAAUUCAGGGGAACAUAUUUUGAAUCCGGUUUGCACGAGGUCCGAGGUAGCGAGAGAUUUACCAAUCUGAUUAUUGUGGCUUUGAUUUUAGUGAAACCUACCAUCUCACAUAAUCUUUUUAUCUUGCAUUUUCUUGGACAGAUACGCUCACCGCCCAGUGAACCCUGAUGACCCCCCAGCUCUCAAACAGUCCCGCCCUGAUCAUCCUUACAGAACUGUAGGGUGUGUUUUUAAUCAUCGCACCUUUUACGCAAACAGUCAGGUUAGAAAUCAAAUCACAGCUUGGGAGUAACUCAUCUGACUAUUGUCAAUUGUCUAGAAAAAGUCCCGCCACCAUCUCAACCAAUCAGAUGCGAAAAACGUAAAAUCAAUCGCGACGUAGUCACUCAAGUUUUCCCGCUUUUCGAGCAGUUUUAACUCUGACGUCUUAAAGCGCUUUUGAUUACGUGUUGUAAAACCAAAAACCAAUUAAAUGUAUCCAGGACUGCCAAUCGAAAGAGAGGAAAGUACCUUUAAAAGUAAAACAACCGAACUGCCUACAGCGCGGGAAAAAUGCUGGCGACUACUUUGUGAUUGAUUCUGAUGGGUUGAUAGCGUGGUGCAAGUUUUCUGGGCAAAUCACAGAGCGAAGGAAAGCGAUGCCAAUGCAAUAUCGGAUUACUUUCGACAUUUGAAUGAAAUUGCGCUGUAGGCACGUUGUAAUAUUUGCCUUCCUUGGUAUUGGCUGUUGAGUGUUGAGAUUAUUUUGGGUUGCACACACGAGCCAACUUUUUCCUUUCUUCAGGUCACCAGCGCACCAGACUUUUUUCUUUUGCGCAUUUCAACUGCUGUGUCGACAUGUUUUGUGAAUUCGCAUACACAGGAAAGUUUGGGUCUUGGAGAAGUUGCAGUACCACUAUGUAGAAAACUGGUUUGCCUUGAAAAGAGUUACAUGACAUUGAAUGAACUUCUGCAAUGCUGCAAAUCUUUCUUUCAUAAAGAAAUAUGCCCAGAAUAUAACACUGCCGCUAAUGUGAUUUUUAAGCAUUCUUUUGAGAAUGCAGUAUGCAUAUCGUGAUGUAAUAUUGAAUAACGAUCACUGCAAAAUUAUUUUCAGCCAACAGAUUCUGUUGAAGUUUGUCAAUUUGAACUUCAGAAUGAAGCUCGGUGGAAGUGUAUGAGCGAAGAGGCGUUACGAUCCGUGUGUGGGCCUAAAAUAUUGGUAAAUAAAUUUCUACGUUUUUCCUCAUACGCGAUUUGCCGUCCCUGUUGUUUUUCUCAGUCGUUAGUCAUUCUUGCUUCUUUUUUCCUCUCAUCUAAUCGUUUGGUGUUUUUCUGGCGUAACAAACUAACAUUGUUAAGUUUUACCCACAUCCCAAAACUGGCUCUAAAUAUAGGCUGGACUAAAGUAUAUGGUCUUUCUUAUCGCAGCCCAGCGGCCCAGUCUUCCCUCCCCUGUAUCCUUCUGGUGUUGACUCAUCCCUGGUUAGUAAUGACAUGGAGCACGAGCUAAGGAGCUUGGUAACGGAUCAUAGAAGGGUAAAAUUAUGAUUUAGAUUUAAAUAUCGCAACGGUCACUUUGAAUACACGGGCUUUUCUCUUGGAUUAAUUUUGGAUGCCAGUCUUAUUUGCACUGUUCUGUCUAAUGUGGGUAUCGAUCACUCUUUAUACUUGUGAAAUGGACGCACCAGCUACUUUCUUCCGCAGUAGUUCUUUGAGAUGUCACACAACGCUUCCCCACUCCCACUCCGUAUAUAAGCGUUGGGUAUAAGAGGGGCGUUGCGUGACAUUCAAAGAUCGGCUGUGACGGAAACAACGCAUGAGUCUGAUGUUUGGUGAAUUUCUCAUAAUGCUUUAGGAUUUGGGCUUAAACACUGCAUGGGAUGACGAGUUGAGUUACAUUCUCACACCGGCUCUCGCUGCUUAUGAAUUGGAGCACAGCACGGGUGUUUCCGCCGGAAAUGAAGAGUUUCAACAAGCCAUAAGACGAGCAAUUCCUGACGGUCACACUUUCAAAGGGUUUCCCAUCCAGUUUGUGCAUCGUAACGCAAGACGGGCAUUUGCCACGUGUCUGAGGUAAAUUGCGUUUAAUUUAUAACUCAUAUGUUUGUGAGGCCCCUAGAAGUCUGGCUUUUUCCGUGAAUACAGGCCAGGCCAAAUGGCAUUUAACUCAAUUUCUUCCUGCGAAAAACAGAUAAACAGGUUGUUUGCAUGUUUUACUAAGAUCUCAAAAUUUAUCUCUGAUGUCCUUUGUUUUUCGUCCCAUGUUGAAAAGACCCAACAGUAAAAAACAUCCCAUUGAACCCAACAAAUGCAAACGUUUUCCCUUCGUUGUGUAAACGGCUGAGAGACAGUACGCAAAAGAUCAUAUCUUGCUGUUUUGCCUUCCUCAUAAACUUUUUCCAGAAUCCUCAAAUCCUAACCUAACCUAACCUAACCGUUCGCGAACCUUGUGGCUCGAAUAUUAUUCCUGCGGCAUACUUCUUCGGCCUGAUUUGAACUUUUUUUCGAACAACUGUAAAAAGGGGUAAAAAUUAUGUCUUUCCCAGGUCACCGGUAUGUGAAGAGAUCAUUUGCUGCCGCGGUGAUCACGUGAGAUUGGCAGUUCGAGUCCGAGUGUUCACCUACCCAGAAGGCGCUUGCGCAGUAUGGAUCAUGUUCGCUGUCAGAUAUCGAUCAAUUUUGUAGAUAAAAUGAGAUUAUAAUUUUAGUUUUUAAAUAAGGCACUUAGUCAUCCACCACAAUUUAACUCCCGAGGCGCCUCAAGUCUACGACUUGAUAUCUUCUGGCCGGGCCAGCCGUGUUUAGACUGCGGUUUUCUUGGAACACGGGCUCUUAUUACAGCUGGAAAUGGAAUCGACAGAGCCUUGGUUUCGCUAGAGAGGGCAACUUGUCUUACCAUUUAUUCCUUUUAUCGGAGAGAAAAGGAUAUCAACCGCUCAACUACGGAAUGGCUUCUUUGUCUCGGAAAAACUAACCAUAAACUUGUUAUUUAUUUAUUAUUUCCUCCGCUUUGUCUUGUCUUUUUACCGAACAAACUUUACGGAAGGAGAAACGGCGAGAGGAGAAAAGUUUUCCAACUCAUUUAACACGAUAGGUGAAUCUCUGUUGACAAGUAUCUCCAUAUUUCCAUACACGUUUCUUUCCCUGAGAGAAUGACAAAGUCAGUUCCGAAUCUUUUAAAAGCCAUAAAACAGAUACCACCUGCAUAAUUUGUUUUUUGUUCAGAGCGAUGCUAUGAGGUUAAAAUUAUAAUUUUAAGAAUAUAUAGACCCAUUAACACUGGUAACAACCAGAAUGACUGAUAUCCAUAAGCAUUAUGAACCUAGAGCUGAAUUUUACGACUGCUAAGUAAGUAAAACGUUUCCUGUAAAAUCAUUCUAUUCUAAAAAUGAUUCCGUUUUUAAGUUCCAGUUCAGAUGUCGUGCCCCCUUCGUGUCGAACUUAAUUCAGCAAUUAAGUUCGAUAAAAGCGCGGUAGAAGCACAGUGUCUGAAUGAAACUUUUUAAUUAAGUUCGGCGAAGCAAUCAAGUUCGACAAGCUUCUCCGUGCUACACGAUCCUGACAGGAAAGCGACUCAAACAUCAUGCCUCUGCCUAGCCAAACAACAUUCAUAUAUUAUAUCUAAUGCAUUUUGGUAGGAUUGUCACGUAGCUUCAGUAAAUCCUGAAUUUCGUACGACUCUAGCCAGAUGUCUAAAUUGGAGUCGUGCUUCUGCCGUGCUACGGUCAAACAUAAUUACAGAAAGUUCGGCACAGCAGAAGUACGACGCCUGAACUGGACCUAAGUCGCUUUGUAAACUCGUGACGAGUGAAAUUGAGACAAUGACGUCAGUAGAAUUCGCCUCAAGCUGGUACUGGUAAUGAUUUCCCUACACGCUUAUCGCUGCUUAUUGGAGGAAAACGUUUUUAAGACAUUAUGGCAUAAUAAUACUCCCUGGCGCCUCUAGGUAACCAGAGAUCAGUCACAUUGUUGACUGAAACUUGAGUUAAGCUCACUUCUAGACAAAUUGUGUCUGUGUAUUGAAUAUGUAUAUAGUUCAUGAAAAUAAAACAGAAAUGUCGUCCC